UGAAGGCAGGGAUGCAGUCUGCAGCUCACUAUACAGAAUGCCAGCCUAAUCAGAAGGCAGGGCCUGGGUAGAGUAAUCCCUAUUCUGGUAUAUUCACCAGGGCCAUGCCCUAUGUCCUUCCAUGGCCCUGAUGAAGAAACUUGAUUGUUUCUGGACAUUAAGUUUGUGUUUGGUAGCCAGCAAACUUUGCAAGGCAUUGCUCGAUGUUCCUAAGCUGCCAACUAUCUAUGACCCGAAAUUUAUAGAGGAGUGUGUCGACUCCCAUAAUGAAUUUCGAAGCAAAGUCAAGCCCUCAGCAGCUGAUAUGAAUGAGUUGAUUUGGGACAAUGAGUUAGCAAAAGUGGCCAAAUCAUGGAGUAUACAGUGCAAGUUUUUCCAUAACCCCUGUACUAAAAAACGAUAUGCAUGCAUUGAGGGUCAUGACUUUCUGGGAGAAAAUGUAUAUGUAGGUGAAAUACAAAGUACACCAAAACAAAUUAUUUCUUCUUGGUAUAAUGAAAGUGAACAUUAUAAUUUUGAGAAUACGACUUGUUCUAAAAUUUGUGGCCAUUAUACACAGAUGGUUUGGGCCAACACGCUUACAGUUGGAUGUGCAGUUUCAAAUUGUCCUAAUCUCUUGGGACAUUCAGCUGCACUAUUUGUAUGUAAUUAUGCACCACCAGGAAAUGAAAAAAACUACAGUCCUUACAUAAAAGGAGAACCCUGCUCCCUGUGUAAAAGAGAUGACUGCCGGAAUAAUCUCUGCCAAUUCUUAACUGAGAAAGCAACUCAACCUCGAGCAUGCCACCUACUCCUGCUAGGUUUUAUUCUUCACAGAAUAUUUUAAUAGUUAUUUCUAUUCAGAAGAAAUUUUUAAAUGCUACAAUAAAGACUAUUUUCUGACUAA